AUGGAUCAGCUGGAGCGGAGGAUUGCGACAGUGGAGAGCGAAGCCAAAGAUCUCGAAGUAGCGGCAAAUAAGAAACGAAUCCAGGCGAGCAUUCUCAGGACGCAAAGAAACGACCUCCUUCCUGCCUUCCGACUUCCCAAUGAGGUUCUCCAGCGUAUUUUCCACAAUGUUCGGAUUGCUUGCAAACCUGAAGACUAUGUCCCUAUCAUCCGGGUCGCCCUCGUUUGUCGGCGUUGGAGGGAUGUCGCAACGAAUCAACCAGAGUUGUGGACACAUAUCGUUGAUGACCCACGCGACCUUACUUCUAUCCUCUUCGAACGAUCUAAAUCAGCCCCGGUGACGGUCUGCCUGGGCAACCCUCACGUUCCAACAACGCUCCGCGCUUGGAAAGCACAAGAGGCAACUUGGCAGACCGUCUGUGCACGUAUCAGAAGCAUCGAAUCCCUCGAUAUCCGGAAACCCCUGGACACUUUGGACGACUACGUCAGGGAGCUACCGCGCUCGGCCCCGAAGCUCCGCUCCCUUUGUCUCACCAACCUGUCCGGAAGCACGUAUGAUACCAACCAGUUCUCGACCAAUCUUCCCUAUCUUUGGGGUAUCCCUUCGAAACGCAUGCCCCAGUUGCGCACCAUCAAACUUACCAACUGCCAUAUCGGGUGGGACUCCCCUUUGCUACGCAAUUUGACGACGUUCCAUAUCAAACACCGGGACAAACAUAUGCGCCGAUUUUCUGCGGAUGAUCUCCUCGGUGCCCUCGACAAUAUGGCGCAGUUGGUGGACUUGGAGAUCGACACUGUCAUACCCAACCUGCUCCUGGCGAACCGGACGGUUCGCUUGAAUCGCCUGCAGUCCUUGAAACUGACCGGUCGCUUCCGUGAAUGCCACCAGUUUUUGCAAUGCGUGCUAAUCCCUGAAACGGCCGCCGCGCGUAUCAGCUGUUACGAAGAGAGGGAAGACGACGAUAUGCCAGUGGCCCACCACAUCUCGAUCAUACCUCGACGGAUAACAGAGUCGACUACCACCGGACUGACACGCCCUAGAUCGCGCAGCCUCGAAAUCUUCUCCAGUCCGGAAGAGAGAGAAGAGGGUGAACCUGAGGCGGAGUUCUACGCAUGGCCCGAACGCAUCGAUUUCUCCCUUCCACUCCCCAACAGAAAUCUAUGCUACGAGGUCCCUCAGUACUAUGGUCAAAGCGGAACUGGGCCCCUCCUCGACGCAAUGCUUCCAUUCAACAUCGUUUCUUUAUCCUUUAGAGACUGGUGCAACGACUUCAUAGACAUCUACGAAGCGCUUCGCAUGUUCCCAGUAGUCGACGACCUUUUCGUUCGCGAACCUGGGACAUGGAUUAUAAACCCAAUAGGGGACCAUACCGCCGAAGUUGCGGAUGGCUUCAACGACGGGAUUCUCGAACUCCUUCCGAAAUUGAAGAGCAUCUCCUUCGAAAGGAUAGCCUUUGAAUCACCUUCGGCCUGUCCCCACGACAAACGCGAGCAGGUCCGAUUCGACCACUUAUUGGCGUUCGUCAAGGGGCGCGAGAAGCUAGGCGCGAAGAUUGAAACCUUAAAAUUCGUGGAAUGUUGGAAUUUGUCGGUCGAGCAGGUUCGGCAGCUGGAGACGGUGGUUGGGAAGCUCGUUUGGCCAGGGACGGAGAGGUGGAUGGAGUGCGAGAGGCCGUCUUGUGAGAGUUGUAAGGGAUGUGCGUAG